AUGAGUGCCACUAAGCUCGCCUUCGGCGUAGCGUCAUUUGUAGCGAUUGGCAGCAUCGGCUGGGUGAUCUUCGUUGGAUAUCUCGUCAAUGAUAUCAAUAAUUUCUAUGACGACACCAUCGGAGAGCUUUCUGAGUUCAAGGACCUAGCGAAUGCAGCAUGGCAUCAACUGAAGCCUACGCCAUUGGACACUUUGAGAGUGAAGAGGCGAGUCCGUGGUCACAGCCGCAAAAUUCGACAGUACGACAUGCGGCAGUUAGACGAUCCAUGCAAUUGUGCAGCGCAGGCAAGAAACUGCCCACGUGGUCCUCCUGGUCCUCAAGGACCACCCGGACCUGAUGGAGAACCAGGUGAAUCAGGUGAACCGGGAGCAAGUGGCUUGGACGGUAUAAUGAUCUCGGGCGCUGGAGGAGCUGUUGGCUGUAUCCAAUGCCCCGCCGGUCCACGAGGACCACCUGGUCCAAUUGGUCCUCAAGGUCCACAAGGUCUCGAUGGUCCACAAGGAAAAGAAGGCCCGAGUGGUGCACCAGGAGCACCGGGACCAGUCGGACCAAUGGGUGAUCAAGGGCCACCGGGACCGCCUGGACCUGAUGGUCCACCAGGACCGCCAGGUGCAUCAGCUGAGCAUGGUGUUAGUAUACCAGGACCUAUGGGACCACCAGGACCGAAGGGAGAGCCUGGCCCACCCGGAGAUGAUGGUGAGGAUGGACCUGUAGGAGAACCAGGUCCAGCUGGAAUGCCAGGAUCGCCUGGAAACGUUGGAGAACCAGGUGAAGACGGAGAGCCAGGUCCGGACGGUGUGGAUGGGGAACCUGGACCUGAUGCCGCAUACUGCCCAUGUCCAGCGAGAAGCUCGGAUAUCGGUCUUGGAGAUAGUCCCUUAAGUGAAAGUGGCAUCGAAAAAGUAGAUGUUGUCGAAGUGAUAGACUUAGAUGAAUCAGAUAAGACGAAGAGAGCUACAAAACGUCCGAAGACAAAACGUUCGAAAUCGCCAGCGAGAAAGGCUACAGUCAAAUCACGCCGCGCACGCAGGCGUCCUCAACGCAGAAGACAAAUGAGGAGGAGACUACGCAAGCAUUGA